AUGACAAAGGGCAUUGACGACACUCAAUUCCAGGAAUUCAACAAAUUUCAUAUUGCAUCGAUUUCGAGAUGUGACGCUGUCUUCAAGGAAAAACGGAAAACACAAAACAAAAAACUGGAAAAGCUGCUAUCUACCAGAACAACAACUACUUACACGCCAUCAGUGAAGCCAGUAUCUGACUUAGUAGUUAACAUGUCCAAGGAAAUUUUCGGUGCAGACGAGUUGGAAUUAUUAAACAGGGGGCUAAACUUCACAGUGAAGCCAAAGAAGGAACCAAUUAUCGACAUCAUUGCAGAUAUAGAGUCCUCUAUACAGUACAAAACACCAGAUGUUAAAAAGAGCAUAAGAGACGCCGCAUUACCGCUCAUCAAAAGUUCACAACAACAAAAACACAAACAUAAAAACAAGUGGCUUAAUACACUAAACAAAUUACAACAAAAAGACGUUUUCUACAUGAAAUCGGACAAAGGCAACAAAGUAGUAAUAAUGGAUAAGCAGGAGUAUGAUAAAAGAAUGAAGGAAUCAAUCCAAGAAGACAAUUUCUCCGUUUCCAGUAAAUCACCGCUUAACGCUAUGAAAAAAGAUGCCAAAGUCGCUACGGACUCUAUUUGCCAGGCCUUUGGUGUGAACAAAUACCAUUUAAUUGUUUCAAAUCCCUCCGUUCCUUUGAUGUAUGGACUCCCAAAAGUUCAUAAAAAUGGAAGCAAAAUGCGGAAAAUCGUGUCGAACAUAAAUUCACCCCUUUCAAACAUUGCCCGCUGGUUAGUGAAGGAUUUAAAGAAAUUCGGUUCCUUCGAUGGUUACUCUGUAAAAAAUUCAUUGGAUUUUAUAGAAAAAGUGCGUGACAUUGAAAUUGAAAAAGAUGAAAUAAUGAUUUCUUUUGAUGUUGAAGCCCUUUUUCCGUCGAUUCCUGUCGAUACGGCCAUUGAAGCAAUUCAAAACCACUUAAAUAAAUUCAGUUUACCUGAAGACAAGUUCAAUGCAUACUUAAAUGCUAUUAAAAUCUGUAUGAAACACAAUUGCUUUCAAUUUCGCGGCGUUUACUACAACAACAACUUCGGCUGUAGCAUGGGUAACAGUCUAUCACCAUAUGUAGCAGAAGCUUUUAUGUGCAAUUUCGAAUCGCAACUCAAAAGUGAAGGUGUUUUGCCACGAAUUUGGCUUAGAUAUGUAGACGAUACUUUCGCCAUAGUGAAAAUAUCCGACAUAGAUAAAAUACUCGGAACACUCAACAGCCGCUAUCCGA